UAAAUUAAAUUAGGGGUUGGCAGCACUGCUUCGGUAAGGAAAACACUGGUUUAGGAGGGUCGUGUGUCUAAUUUCGCCUUUUUUCCCUGAGUUGAAGGCCAUGGCAUCUGCACAUGUGCCGUGGAGGUCACCACAAGGGUACGCUGCCCAGCCACCCAUAAAUUGUGGCCCUUCUUACGGACAUACAGAAAAUAGAGCAAAAUUCCAUCAUCCAGCAUGGCCCGAAGGAACUCCACCCACCCCCGGACAGGAGAUGGCGCCAAACCCUCUGCAAAAUGGAAACAAUGGACCAGUUCUCAACUCAGGAGGUUUUGGACAGACUUAUGCAGGAGGUCCGGCUCCUCCGGGAGCUGUAGUAACGUUGGAGGAAAUCAUUCAGCGUGUUUUCCAGCAUGUCACGCUGCAAUUCUCAAAUCAGCUCAAAAUUCAGAAUGACCAACUUGGCGAAAUGUUCAGUAAAACAGUAUCUUUGAUGCAGGAGGAAUUCGAAAAGGAACGUUUGUCCUGGAAGGAGAGAGAUGAGAAGCACGAGGCUAAGCUGAGGGAGCUUGAGCGGAAGGUCCUUUUCUACGAGAAGAAUGCAGAAAAUGAGUCGAGCGGUACAGAUAACAGACGGAGGCAAUUUCACGGCAGGUAUCAGAGAGGUUAUUAUCCACCAAUUGCUCCUCUGACAAAGGCUGAUGACACACCCUGCGUGAACCAAUACAUCGAUCGCUCUGCCCAACUCGAUGAGGCCAUGAAGAAUGAUGAGUCGCUCGCAGUGGAGGGAGCCAAGGUCAAGUUUGUUGAACAUCAAGGGGUCAGUCUACUGGAUGCCAAGCAAGAGAUAAAGGCACACGCCAUAGCCUCUGAUCUCUGGACCAGCAUGGGGGCUGCACAAGAGGUUACGGCGGCGGUGGGCAAACCAAAAGCGGAGCCGGGAAAGACUGAAAUAGGCGGAAUCAUCAGAGAGAAGACUGAAAAGUACGGUACUGUGUUUCACGUGGUAACUAAAAUGAGGUCCCCCCACAAGUUGCACAAAGCACCUGAGCCUUUCCUAAAGGGAGUGAAGACUGCAUUUGCUAAGCUGGCCCAAGUCAUUCGAGAGGAAGAGAUUGACGAGAUUGCAAUGACCUACAUGUGCAGUGGCAUGGACAGGCUGCAUCGCCUCUGGGUCUUGGACACUCUGUACGAAGAACUUCGAGAUGUCCCUGUCACUGUUCAUCUGUACAACAAGUAUGUCUCCAAACGCUGGGGAAACUGUGGGAAUUUGUUCAACCCAAAGGAGGCCGGAGAGGAAGAAGAAGAGACUGGAGGGAAGCCGGAUGACGGAGAGCAGCUAAAUGAUGCCCCUAAUUCGCAGACUGUUGCACCCAGGGAGAGAAGCAAGCGCAACUGUGGUGCUCGGAUCGUGUCAUAAAUUUACCAAUUCCAACAAUAUGGACACCAGAAUUGGAUAACAUGCUGCUCGGAGGUGAAGCCAUCAUCAAAGGGUAUAUGCAGAAGAAGGAAAAUAAGCGCCGAGUUCCUAGGUGGUGGAUUCCAGAUAUCUUC